UGGAGCGGCAGCGGCGGCACCAGCGGCGGCGGCGGCGGCGGCGGCGGGAGGAGGAGGAGGAGAAGGACCAGGCGGCAGCAGCAGCGGCGGCGGCGGGGGGAGGAGGGGAGGAGGCGGCGGAGCAGGAGGAGGAGAAGGCGGAGGAGGCAGUCGCUCUCCGCGGGGCUGAGCCGGACGCGUCGUCUUGCCCCCCUCCCCCCGGUUCGCGGUGCCGCCGUGUAGUUGGCGCCGCUGCCCCGGCUGAGAGUGAGCGUGGUGUCGACGGAGGGAGAUGGCCCGGGAGCGCCGGCGCCAGUAACUGGGAGGUGCUGAGAGUCGCCGAGGGCGCGCCGGGCCCAGGUGCCGGGGCUGCCCGCCGCCCGCCGCCGCCGCCGCCGCCGCCUGCGCGCCCGUCCGCCUCUCGCGGCCGCUCUCCCCCCUCCCCGACACACACUCACAGGCCGGGCAUUGAUGGUAAUGUAUGCGAGGAAACAGCAGAGACUCAGUGAUGGCUGUCACGACCGGAGGGGGGACUCGCAGCCUUACCAGGUGACUGGAGGGAGUUCGCUGAUUUAGGAAAAAAGAAUUGUUUGCAGCCAGAAAGACGACUCGAUUAUUUGCGGGUGAAGGAAUCGAUGUGAUGAGAUGAUAGGCACUUAAGUAUUCAUCGAAGAGUCACCCCAGUAGCGGUGAUCACAGACAUGAAAAGAUGCGAGACGCCGCAGAUCCUUCACCACCAAAUAAAAUGUUGCGGAGAUCUGAUAGUCCUGAAAACAAAUACAGUGACAGCACAGGUCACAGUAAGGCCAAAAAUGUGCAUACUCACAGAGUUAGAGAGAGGGAUGGUGGGACCAGUUACUCUCCACAAGAAAAUUCACACAACCACAGUGCUCUUCAUAGUUCAAAUUCACAUUCUUCUAAUCCAAGCAAUAACCCAAGCAAAACUUCAGAUGCACCUUAUGAUUCUGCAGAUGACUGGUCUGAGCAUAUUAGCUCUUCUGGGAAAAAGUACUACUACAAUUGUCGAACAGAAGUUUCACAAUGGGAAAAACCAAAAGAGUGGCUUGAAAGAGAACAGAGACAAAAAGAAGCAAACAAGAUGGCAGUCAACAGCUUCCCAAAAGAUAGGGAUUACAGAAGAGAGGUGAUGCAAGCAACAGCCACUAGUGGGUUUGCCAGUGGAAUGGAAGACAAGCAUUCCAGUGAUGCCAGUAGUUUGCUCCCACAGAAUAUUUUGUCUCAAACAAGCAGACACAAUGACAGAGACUACAGACUGCCAAGAGCAGAGACUCACAGUAGUUCUGCGCCAGUACAGCACCCCAUCAAACCAGUGGUUCAUCCAACUGCUACCCCAAGCACUGUUCCUUCUAGUCCAUUUACGCUACAGUCUGAUCACCAGCCAAAGAAAUCAUUUGAUGCUAAUGGAGCAUCUACUUUAUCAAAACUGCCUACACCCACAUCUUCUGUCCCUGCACAGAAAACAGAAAGAAAAGAAUCUACAUCAGGAGACAAAUCCGUAUCACAUUCUUGCACAACUCCUUCCACGUCUUCUGCCUCUGGACUGAACCCCACAUCUGCACCUCCAACAUCUGCUUCAGCGGUCCCUGUUUCUCCUAUUCCACAGUCACCAAUACCUCCCUUACUUCAGGACCCAAAUCUUCUUAGACAAUUGCUUCCUGCUUUGCAAGCCACGCUGCAGCUUAAUAAUUCUAAUGUGGACAUAUCUAAAAUAAAUGAAGUUCUUACAGCAGCUGUGACACAAGCCUCACUGCAGUCUAUAAUUCAUAAGUUUCUUACUGCUGGACCAUCUGCUUUCAACAUAACGUCUCUGAUUUCUCAAGCUGCUCAGCUCUCAACACAAGCCCAGCCAUCUAAUCAGUCUCCGAUGUCUUUAACGUCUGAUGCGUCAUCCCCAAGAUCAUAUGUUUCUCCAAGAAUAAGCACACCUCAAACUAACACAGUCCCUAUCAAACCUUUGAUCAGUACUCCUCCUGUUUCAUCACAGCCAAAGGUUAGUACUCCAGUAGUUAAGCAAGGACCAGUGUCACAGUCAGCCACACAGCAGCCUGUAACUGCUGACAAGCAGCAAGGUCAUGAACCUGUCUCUCCUCGAAGUCUUCAGCGCUCAAGUAGCCAGAGAAGUCCAUCACCUGGUCCCAAUCAUACUUCUAAUAGUAGUAAUGCAUCAAAUGCAACAGUUGUACCACAGAAUUCUUCUGCCCGAUCCACGUGUUCAUUAACGCCUGCACUAGCAGCACACUUCAGUGAAAAUCUCAUAAAACACGUUCAAGGAUGGCCUGCAGAUCAUGCAGAGAAGCAGGCAUCAAGAUUACGUGAAGAAGCGCAUAACAUGGGAACUAUUCACAUGUCCGAAAUUUGUACUGAAUUAAAAAAUUUAAGAUCUUUAGUCCGAGUAUGUGAAAUUCAAGCAACUUUGCGAGAGCAAAGGAUACUAUUUUUGAGACAACAAAUUAAGGAACUUGAAAAGCUAAAAAAUCAGAAUUCCUUCAUGGUGUGAAGAUGUGAAUAAUUGCACAUGGUUUUGAGAACAGGAACUGUAAAUCUGUUGCCCAAUCUUAACAUUUUUGAGCUGCAUUUAAGUAGACUUUGGACCGUUAAGCUGGGCAAAGGAAAUGACAAGGGGACGGGGUCUGUGAGAGUCAAUUCAGGGGAAAGAUACAAGAUUGAUUUGUAAAACCCUUGAAAUGUAGAUUUCUUGUAGAUGUAUCCUUCACGUUGUAAAUAUGUUUUGUAGAGUGAAGCCAUGGGAAGCCAUGUGUAACAGAGCUUAGACAUCCAAAACUAAUCAAUGCUGAGGUGGCUAAAUACCUAGCCUUUUACAUGUAAACCUGUCUGCAAAAUUAGCUUUUUUUAAAAGAAAAAAAAAAUUGGGGGGGUUAAUUUAUCAUUCAGAAAUCUUGCAUUUUCAAAAAUUCAGUGCAAGCGCCAGGCGAUCUGUGUCUAAGGAUACGAUUUUGAACCAUAUGGGCAGUGUACAAAAUAUGAAACAACUGUUUCCACACUUGCACCUGAUCAAGAGCAGUGCUUCUCCAUUUGUUUUGCAGAGAAAUGUUUUUCAUUUCCCGUGUGUUUCCAUUUCCCUCUGAAAUUCUGAUUUUAUCCAUUUUUUUAAGGCUCCUCUUUAUCUCCUUUCUUAAGGCACUGUUGCUAUGGCACUUUUCUAUAACCUUUUCAUUCCUGUGUACAGUAGCUUAAAAUUGCAGUGAUUGAGCAUAACCUACUUGUUUGUAUAAAUUAUUGAAAUCCAUUUGCACCCUGUAAGAAUGGACUUAAAAAGUACUGCUGGACAGGCAUGUGUGCUCAAAGUACAUUGAUUGCUCAAAUAUAAGGAAAUGGCCCAAUGAACAUGGUUGUGGGAGGGGAAAGAGGAAACAGAGCUAGUCAGAUGUGAAUUGUAUCUGUUGUAAUAAACAUGUUAAAACAAACAAAAAUUGUUAUUUUUCUUUUCCUUCGGUCAGUGCACAUUAAAAUUUGAACUACCUGGGGAUUCUUUAUCAGAACUGUUCUUGUUGAAUAUUUAUACUUAAUUGAAAUAAUUCCUUAAGGGAGGUUUUGUUUAAAACGUAUUAACAGGAAAUUGUGUAUAAGAUAUUUAAUGAAAUAAGAAAUUCAACAAGAAUGAUUAAGUCACUUCCCAAGUGGUUGUCAUUUGUUAAACCCUGGUUUACCUGUCUUGCUAUUAUGACAUUUCAUUUGGAAGGAUGUUUGUGUUGUAGCUAACUGUUCAAGUCUGGUGCUGACUGCUGUUCUUAGCCAUCACAAAACGCUAAAUUUGUGUAAUUGGAGCUUCCUGCUGUUAUCUGGAAAUAGCAGGAAAGCGCAGCUUUGUAUAUUGUUUCCUAAAGUAUAUUAAAAUAAAAAAAGAAACUAUUGCUACUAUAAAA